CAGUACACAGAUUAGUCAAGAGAUAAACUGGUCAAUCGGUCGGCAAACCGGAGAAAUAGUCAUUAAAUCGGAAAAUCAGUCGGUAAACCGGAGAAUCAGCAGCUAAACCCGAGACUCAGUGGGUAAGCCGGAGAAUCAAUGGGUAAACCGAACCCUCGGUGGCAGUAGUGCGAGCCGGCGAACACAGAAUCGGAAUCCUAUUGACCCGAUCCAGGCUCAGCAGAACUUUAAUGUUCAGCAGUUUGCAGGUGUGUGGCGUCUAUUUGCCAUUGCAUCGAAAUGUUCCCAUUUGGCAACAAAUAACCACAGGCUGGAGGCCGUCGUUGUCAAAGUGAGCGAUCAGACUGAAGCCAUGCGUGUCAACACACUGCGCAAACUGGAUGGGAUCUGUUGGGAUAUUAAACAAGAGUACAAGAAGGCUGCAAUACCUGGGAGAUUCUCACGGAAAAAUCGGGGGCUUACUACUGACAUUGUAAUCAGUGAAACAGACUACACCAAUUAUGCAAUUGUCUUUUUUCAGCAAAGACGGAGAAUCACUCUCAAACUCUAUGGGAGAACCACUAAUAUUAACCAGGCUGUACAGAGGAAGUUUCGUCAACUUGUUCUCGACAACAACAUCCCGGAUAUUUUAAUUUACAAGUUCCCUGACUAUGGGUUCUGUGAGACUGCCGAUGAAUUCCAUCAACUGGAUGAUGAUGUUGGAUCCAUUUAAGCCAGAAGCAUUGAGCCUUGCUCACUCUGCCCCUAAACUGAUGGAUGUGAUCUAACAUCCUGCUAAUUGAUUAAAUAAACUUUAGGGUGCUAUUAAA